AUGUCGCUGUUUUCUUGUAGUGAUGGGUAUGCCGGAGACUAUGUCAACUCUCUUGGAGCUUACUUUGCUCCGUUGACUUCAACCCCGUUGACCCCUGCCAAGAAGCUGCCGGCACUUGGAGCUGAUGUAGGAACUGCAUGGGAUGGUGGUGCUUACGAUGGUGUUAAGAGGGUGUAUGUAGGACAGGCCCAAGAUGGUAUAUCAGUCGUUAAGUUUGUGUAUGACAAAGGCACUGAGGACAUCGUCGGAGCUGAACAUGGAACGAGUACUCUACUCGGUUUCGAAGAGCUCGAACUUGACUAUCCAAGUGAGUACAUCACGGCUGUCCAAGGCACCUACGAAAAAAUCUUUGGGAGUGAUGCCACGGUCAUAAAUAUGCUUAGGUUCAAGACUAAUAAGCAAACAUCUACUCCCUUUGGACUUGAAGCUGGCACAGCCUUUGAGCUCAAAGAGGAAGGCCACAAGAUCGUUGGAUUCCAUGGAAAAGUCAGUGACCUGCUUCAUCAGCUUGGAGUCUAUGUCCUGCCAGUCACCAACUGA